CGGAGGGGCGGGUGAAGCCGCCUCGGCAACGUCCGCUCAGCCGCCUCCGCGCGGCCCCGGCCAUGGAGGAGCCGCCGCUCCGGGAGCUGCCGCCGCCGCCCGGGGAAGGGGAGGAGGAGGAAGGAGAGGAAGAGGAGGAGGAGGAGACGGACGCGGAGUGGAGCUUCGUUGACGGCGAGAUGGAGGCGGUGGCGCUGCGGGACCUGCCCACCGCCACCAUCGCCUGCAACCUGGACCCGCGCGUGUUCCAGGACGGGCCGUGCCGGAAAUCUGCUUUUAGGAACCUCACCCAGAGCAGAGGAAGUGCAGGAAUUCUUCAGGAGAUGGUUCAGGAGAGAUUGUUCCUUAAUUAACCGCUUGGG